UAGAAUUGCAUUCCUGUCAGUGUAACAGAUAACACGUUUUCAAACCCGGAAUCAUGUCGUUCUUCGAAAAACUCAUGACUCGAAGAGGGUCCACUGAUUCCCAGAUGAAAUUCGUCUCCUAUCGAUCAAGGUUACAUCCCCAGGGCAUAGUUGGGCUAGUGGACUCCACCGAACAGUUCGUAGCACCGCUCAGUUUCCCUGAUAAUACCCUUGUACGGACGAUGCAGCAACUCAUCGAAGAAUGGGACGCGACACAUCGCCAUUUACUUCACGGUGCUCCUAUGGAAAGCUUGGACAUUGUAGAAAUUCUUGCACCUCUUCGAGGAAGGGAUGUUAUUUGUGUUGGGAAAAACUACAGGGAACAUGCCGAAGAAUUUCAUAACAGUGGUUUUGACAAUAGUGAUAAUAAAGCUCAACCUGACUUCCCUGUGAUUUUCACCAAGCGCGCAACGUCAAUUAUUGGCACCAACCAGGAGAUCUACCCUCAUCCCAGAGUGACUCAGACAUUAGAUUAUGAGGGUGAAUUAGGCAUUAUCAUUGGAAAAGCUGGCAUCCAAAUCUCCAGGGAAGAUGCUUGGGAUUACGUCUGGGGUGCGACUAUCAUCAAUGAUGUCACUGCUCGAGAAAGACAACGAGACCACAAGCAAUUCUACAUCGGGAAGUCUCUAGACACAUUCUGCCCUAUGGGACCUUACGCCGUCCACUCUUCUGUCCUAGACUGGCGCAAUAUGAUGCUCGAAACACGCGUGAACGGUCAGAUUCGUCAAUCCGCCAACACUUCACAGCUUAUCUUCGACAUCCCCGCCCUCAUCGCCACCUGCUCAAUGGGUAUCACCCUCCAGCCCGGGGAUGUGAUUUCUACCGGAACUCCGGCAGGGGUAUGUCUCUCUUCGGGCGAGUUUUUGAAGCACAGGGAUGUUAUCGACAUUAGUAUGUCCGGAUUGGGAACAUUAUCGAACACCGUCGGAGAUCCUAACAGACCCCCACCGGCUUGUGCGCCAUUGAACGAAAAGGUGCUUGUAAGAUCGAAUGCCACGAUAAAAGGGAUGAGGUUGGCUGGAGAAACUGGCCCUGUGGGGUCAUAAGGGUUCGUAAGGUUACUUCAGAAGGGCGUGUUGAGUAGUUAGUCGAAUAUUCCGGGAAUCAUACUUAUUCGUUGUAGACUCUUCUGGAUGGAUGUUCCAGAGCCAUA